CCCAAUCAGACGAGUGGCAGUAAUCUGACUCCCAGCGAGCGCACUGGGAGGUGCAGGCAGGCGAUGCAAGCUGCACUCUGGCCAGGAAAGGCAUGAGUGACAGACCUGCAGCAAGGCGGUGGGGCAAGUGUGGGCCUUCGUGGAGAAGAGAGAGUAUCAUGGUGGCCUUCAAGGGGGUCUGGACCCAAGCUUUCUGGAAGGCAGUCACAGCAGAAUUUUUGGCUAUGCUUAUUUUUGUUCUGCUCAGCCUGGGAUCCACCAUCAACUGGGGCGGAGCAGAAAAGCCCUUACCUGUCGACAUGGUUCUCAUCGCCCUUUGCUUUGGACUGAGCAUCGCAACUAUGGUGCAAUGCUUCGGCCACAUCAGCGGUGGCCACAUCAACCCUGCUGUGACGGUGGCCAUGGUGUGCACCCGGAAGAUUAGCAUUGCCAAGUCUGUCUUCUACAUCGCAGCCCAGUGCCUGGGCGCCAUCGCCGGAGCAGGAAUUCUCUACCUCGUCACACCUGCCAGUGUGGUGGGGGGCUUGGGGGUUACCACGGUUCAUGGAAAUCUUAGUGCCGGUCAUGGACUCCUGGUAGAGUUGAUAAUCACAUUUCAGUUGGUGUUUACUAUUUUUGCCAGCUGUGAUUCCAAACGGACUGAUGUCACUGGUUCAAUAGCUUUAGCAAUUGGAUUUUCUGUUGCAAUUGGACAUUUAUUCGCAAUCAAUUACACUGGUGCCAGCAUGAACCCCGCCAGAUCCUUUGGACCUGCAGUUAUCACGGGAAAUUGGGAAAACCAUUGGAUAUACUGGGUUGGACCAAUUAUAGGAGCUGUCCUCGCUGGUGGCCUUUAUGAGUAUGUCUUCUGCCCAGAUGUGGAACUCAAAUGUCGUUUCAAAGAAGCCUUCAGUAAAGCUGCCCAGCAAACAAAAGGAAGCUACAUGGAAGUGGAGGACAACAGGAGUCAGGUAGAAACGGACGACUUGAUUCUAAAACCUGGGGUGGUGCACGUGAUUGACAUUGACCGGGUGGAGGACAAGAAGGGGAAAGACCCAUCCGGAGAGGUGCUGUCUUCAGUAUGACUAGACGAUAGCACUGAAAGCAGGCACGGAUCCUUAGAACUGUCCUCAGAUUUCCUUCCGCCCAUUAAGGAAACCGAUUUGUUAUGAAUUAGACAUGCACAGGUUUAUAAUUUCAAGUCAUCUUAACUCCAUCUAGACAAUAAAUAUUUAAUUAUUUUACAAAGGAGGAAUGGAAGUAACCUACUGUGAAUUCCAAAUCUAAAAAAGAAAUCUUCUUAAAGAAUCCCCAAAGCAAAUAUGUAUCUGAGUUAUCUAGGCACCAUUCAUUAAGAAUCUAUUUAAAAUGUGUAUCAAGAUCUGGUUAAGCACUGCUUGACAGAACUUAACAGACACACCUAUCAGCUUCUUCUUCCUCUACCACAUAACUUCCAAACCAUGAAUCCUCAUUUGAGUAUUUAUUCCAUUGUCAAGUUUAUCAGUGUAAAAGGACACUAUGUCACAGCCGUGCACAUUCAAGAGAGGCAAUGUAACAAGCUCUGUUACUGGCAUCCAUUAUUUAUAAACUAUCUCAGCAAAAGAAUAUUAACAAGGGUCAUGGCUAAUGAAUUGUUUCCAUUUGUGUACAAAUACCCAAUCUUCAACCCCAACUCUAAUUCACAAUAUUCCUUCCUCCUCCUAAGCACCCACAGUAAUGGGGAACGAAAGCCCAGAAAUUGGAAGAAUAUAAUUUAUUACUUCAAGCUAAUAAAACAUCCAAAUCAUAAGGGUCACCUAUUGAGAUUCAAGACACAGACUCAAAAGAUCUUAUGGGGGUAGGAAAAAGUUACCAUCAUACAAAAAUCACAAGAAAAAGGAAAUCUGUAUUCUGGUGUCAAAUAAUUUAUCUGUUUUCAGUGCACAUCCUCAAAGACACCACAGGAGGUUAACAAUCUAAGCUUUUAACCACUUAACCACUGCGCUUUGUUUUUUUAAUUUAUUAGUAAAACUGGGGGGUUUGUCUGUUUGUAACUUUGUUUAUUUAUAUUUAAACCUUACUUGAGAUGUAGUUUUGGUAACAAGAACGUAACUUGUUGAGUCCUGACUUUUUAUUGAUUAUUAAGCUAUGUUCACUCUAGAAGCUGUAAAGUAAUCCCACCCAGUCCCAAUCUUUACUGCUCUGUCACUUCUCUUGAUGUCUGUGGAUAAACUUCACUGUGUGUGUAAUGAUACUGUAGUGAAUUAAAAUGCAUGGGAGACAAGAAUGUCAUGGUGGCAGAAUGAAAGGAGGAGGACAUCAGAACACUGCAUUCAUUCAAAGCUGACUACAUGAAUCUUGCCUUUGUAUGUAACCUGCCAUAUUUUUUUAAGUAUUUUCAUUUCUGGCUUAUUUAUUUGUUAAAAUACUUUGUUUUUCCAGUAGUGCUCCACCUUAAGGCAAUGGAAUGGUCUCUGGAAACCCCAGCUUCUAUCAUCUUAGCCAUCUAGUCUAGCCAUUAUCUUAGACAAAGAGCUACAAAUAUCAGUUUCAUCGAACAAAAGAGAAGUAAAGCAAAAACUUACCACUGCAAAGAGUGGCUUAUAAAUAGCUGAUAAUCAAGGGAUGUCUUCUCUCCCAUACACAGUUCCAACUGUGCCACUUCUUAGUGUUAAUGGCAGUUGUGUGUCUGUGGCAGUGAGAUAAUGGACCACUAUUCAACCUGAUUCUCUUUGGUGCUAGGCAAGUGGUGCUCUGGAUGCCCGGAGUCAUCACACCGGGGUAGCACCUGGGAGUGGCCACUGGUGUCCAUCACGGCAGGUUCCUCAGUCCCUGGCCCCUUUCCAGAGGUGUGGCCAGCCACAGCCGCCAGGGAUGCAUGUUGCUUCCCAUUUGGGGCAGCAACUAUAGGAACUAGACAGUGAUUCUAAGAAUGGUUUAUGCCCAUCUUUUCAAAUGUCUACACAACAUACAACUAAAGACUUCAAAUUGGGAAUGGUUCAGUUCAAAAGAUAAUGCUAUCAACCAUUGGCAAACAUGUCAAUUCAAAAAUAAGGUUAACAAGGAAAAAUUUAGCAUAUUUUCCAAAUACAGUUAGAAUUUACUGACUUAUAAUCAUUUUUAUUCAGCCAUAUGGCUUACUUCUUAUACACUCAUUUCCAGUAAAAGCAUUCAAUAAAUUAGUGCUAAAAAAAAAAAGCAUGAAUGAUGCUUUUGUAGUUUGUUCUCCUGCACCUAACAGGGUGCUUGGCGCAUAGUAGGUAUUCAGAACAAUUAAAAUAUAUGAAUUUCACUUGGGAUUUAAGAAUAUAAAUAAGUUUCUUUUAGUCUUAAUUUUGUUCAAGAUUUAACACAAGCAUGAUUUCAAGGACUAUGAAGGGAAGGCAAUAUAAAUGUAAAAAUCAUAAAAUAUAUUUCUGCAUUUUACUAUUUUAGAGGCAUGAAGUGAAUGAAAGUUUUAGCACUUUUUUUUCCUGCAUAUGAGACAACAUAUUUUGUAUUUCACUCAAGGCUCUGCCAGUAAAACGUAAUGAAAUUGUACCUUUGUAAUGACAUCUAUGCAGCAGGGGUCUAUUGCCUUGUGGAUGGCACCAAAUUAUCCAAGUGUAUUAGGAGACCAGGGCUUUUUCCUCUAAUCCCUUCUUAUUAAUGAAGUGCAUCAUGCUGCUCCCAGGAGAGGGCUGCUGACAGAUAUACAGAAAGGAGAUCAGAAAGAAAAAACUGGAAGGACAUAAAUGAAUUAUAUCCAGCCAGGAAAUGAUGCCAACCAUCUCUUCCCUGUGGAAAAGUACAAGCGUCCCCAAAUGGCAAGGUUCCUACACUGGAAAUGUAUACAGUUUGUUGAAGAAGUACACAAGGUCAGAGUCAUUUUUAAGUUUCCAGGGCUGUCUUAAACAUCUGGGGAUCAGAAUUUGAAUGUAUGUUUUCAGCAUUGAAGGUGACCUGUUUCUUCAAAGAGAUCUAAAUUUUACACUGGAAGGAAAUAUUUUCUGGUACCUAAAUAGUUGCCUUAGAUUUAAGAUCCCUACCCUUUGUUUCUGCCAUUUGAUGGUUUUCAUAAAUUCUUAGACUCCCUGACUCUUUUCCUAUGGCACUUACAGGUGCCAGCUAGAGCUGCUGCUCAGUCUCAAAGAUUUUAUGAGAAAGUAGGAAUAUUUGAAUAACAUAUGACAGAAUUAAGCUAUCUGAUUCAUUAUUAGAGUUCUGAAUCCAAAUAGCAUAGAAUAUUCUCAUGAGGCCAGGCAACUCACUCACUGGUUAAAGCUCUAUAAUGAACAGGAAAAUUCCAAAAUAGAGCAACAAAUUCAAAUGCUAAAAUUUAUCCUGGUGAGGCCCUUUGUGGCGGCCUGUUAGCACUGUCCCCGCAUGUGAACAUUCGACAGAGCAAUUGCCUUUGUGACCCCCUGAAAGGGACAGUAAGAGCUCAGUACACAACUUUAUCUAACAAUAUCCAACAGUUCUCAUCAGAAGCCCUGUAGAAUGUGCAAAUUCCUUACCACAAUGGUGUAGUCGGACUUUAUAGGCCACCCCAACACAGCAGUAA